GUGAAUGUCCUCUGCUGUCAAAGGGAGACGCUAAAGCCGUGGCUGGUCAGGGGAGCAAACCCCGCUAUGUGUUGGAUUGUCUUCACCGGAGAGUCUACAGAUUAGCUUGUUUAUUGAAUGGAGGAACCCGUACCAUACUGACGUCAGCUCUGUUUUGUUGAACAGACAUUAAUAUCUUUGGUCAGUCCGGUUUGAACAUCAGAAAGCUAACGCCGGGGGCUAGCGUCUAAAAAUGCUAACGCUAGCUAGCUUUAGCAAGCGGGUACAUUAAAUUUAUUCGUGAGGAAAGCAGCUGUGGAUGAAGACAGAGGAAAUCGCUGAAAUGGGUCAAAACACUGCAAUGUAUCGACCAGCUUAACCGGCUUUUACCACAGUUCUGUGUUGCAAUGAGGAGCACCAGAGUGCAGCUCUGAGAGUCAGAGGCAUGAACUCCGUUUCCCCCAGCGCGGUACAGUACGUAGGGGGAGUCAUGCAGGAUGAGCUGGUGGACAGCCGGAGGCAGCAGCCCCUGGAGCGGCAGGGCAGCUUUGGUCUCAGGCUGCCUCAGACUCCAGAUCCCAGCAGAGAGGCAACUGGAGAGCCUGACGAGAUGGACAAACUGAAAGCCAAACUGAUGUCAGCAUGGAACAAUGUCAAAUAUGGUUGGACUGUAAAGUCUAAAACCUCCUUCAACAAGAUCUCACCGGUCACCGUCCUGGGACACUCCUAUCUGCUCAACAGUGAAGAUGAGGUGGAGCGGUUUCGUCUGGCUUUUGUGUCCAGGAUUUGGCUGACCUACAGGAGGGAGUUCCCUCAGCUGGAGGGCUCCACCUGGACCACAGACUGUGGCUGGGGCUGUAUGCUACGCAGUGGACAGAUGCUGCUGGCACAGGGGCUUCUGGUCCAUUUGAUGCCCAGAGAUUGGGCUUGGCCAGAUGCUCAGCAGCUAACCGAUGUGGACUUUGAGGUGUUCAGACCGCGUUCUCCAGUGCGAGCUGGAGGGGUCCCCAUUCCCUCCUUUGGCUCUCCACGAGGAUCCAACACCCCUGAAAAGUCCCUGACGAGUGAUCAGGCACCCAGAUGCAGCCAGAGGAAGAGGCCUGAGUCUGUUAGGGACAGGCAGGCAGAGCCCAUCCACCACAAGCUGGUCACCUGGUUUGGGGAUCAGCCCCCAGCACCUUUUGGGCUUCACCAGCUGGUGGAAAUUGGCAAAAGUUCAGGGAAGAAGGCUGGUGACUGGUAUGGCCCCUCUAUAGUGGCACACAUACUACGGAAAGCAGUAGCCAAAACCCCUGUGCUCCACAACCUGGCUGUGUAUGUGGCUCAGGAUUGUACAGUAUACAAAGAAGAUGUCAUGCAUUUGUGUGACAUGUCACUAAGCCAGGCUCCCCCUGAUCCGUCCAGCCAAGCCUGGAAGUCUGUCAUCAUACUGGUGCCUGUACGGCUGGGAGGGGAGGCCCUCAACCCGUCCUACAUCGAAUGUGUCAAGAACAUCCUCAAGCUGGAUUGUUGUAUUGGAAUCAUCGGAGGCAAACCGAAGCAUUCACUUUACUUCGUUGGCUUCCAAGACGAGCAGCUGCUGUAUCUAGACCCUCACUACUGCCAGCCUGUGGUGGAUGUCGCACAAGUCGACUUUUCACUGGAGUCAUUCCACUGUAGUUCUCCCAAGAAGAUGCCCUUCAACCGCAUGGAUCCCAGCUGCACCAUUGGCUUUUAUGCCAAGAACAAGAAGGACUUUGAGUCUCUAUGUUCUGCUGUCAGUAUGGCCCUGUCGUCAUCGAAGGAGAAAUACCCCAUCUUUACCUUCGUAGAGGGCCAGGGUCAGGAUUAUGGACUUGAGGGUCACAGCAGCAAUCACAGUGGACCUGCAGCCCACAUUCUGCCCCCGGGCAAACUGGGCAGGAGUAACAACAGAAGAAACAGUGAUGAGUUUGUCUUCCUGUAAGGCACAGCGGAAGAUGCUCUCUCAACUCUCACCUUUAGGGGGCAGAAUAGGACACCUCAUUUCCUUUCAAAGGGAAGGACUUGGUUCUGUUGACGCUACAGCUGCAAGGUGGACAUGACGCUUUUGCGCUUUAUCGUCUUCACAGGUCAACAGAAAUAAAAACUGCGUGGCUUCUGUCAUCACCUUUUGUGUGGAUGGGUAUUAUAAGCUAACAGACAUUAAUGGGUACCGGCUGGAGCAUUAUUUAACUGUGCAAAGGCAUGACUUCAAAAUGGAUCAGGGUUAGUAAGGUUUCAAGUACUUGAAGCAUUCUUGACUCACUUUAUCAGACACCUAAUAAAGCCUCAGAGUCGAGCAUGUAUGAGUAUAAUCAAGCUCUUUAAAGGACUCCAGAUACACUCAACUACUGUGUUUUUGUCCUGGUCUGAACUGGACAUGCUGACAGAUGUGUGGUCUACAUGAUAUUUGAUUAGCUCACUGGUCAGGUGCCGAGGUGCCUGAUACUGUUCUUGACUUGUGUGAUAUACCAUCUGCUGAAUAUCUUUUUAUGUUUCAUUCUUAAGAUUUAUUUAUCAAGUUUAUGAACGUGUGUUUGCUUCUGAGCGAGUGUGGGGUUAGUAUAGUUUAUUUGUCUCACAUAAGUGUAUUGAUGUAUUUAGGAGUCUGUCACAUUGAGUUUCACAGAGGUUUCAAAUUCUUCCAAGAGCAUCUUGAACAGAUGUAAAUUCAUUCUAGUGUUGCAGUCUGGCCUGAAUAUCACACAGAUGACAAGGUCCUUGAUCUCCCACAUAGCACAUAAAGCACUCCCAGAAAUCUGCUCUCACGGUGCUCCUGAAGAGUUACUCAGGCUCCCAGGUUGGGAGUGAAGAGAAAUGAUCCCCUCAGUUGGAUGGAUGUGUAUCUUUACCUGGUAAACUGUUGCUUGUCCCAUGGAGCAGGAUUAUAAAGCUAUCUAGAUACAUUUGCACAGUAAAACCCAGAACAGCUCUUUUCACUUAACGUCAGGUUCUGGGUUUUACUUAGCAAAGUUUUACAGUCAGAAAGACCAGUGUAAGCUGAAUGGAGUUUUUGCCGUCAAGCGUUUGUUGCAGUGUCAUUUGUGUUUGAUUUGUCCCUUUUCUAUAUGAAGGCUACUGCAAGUUGCACUACUACUGUUAUUUGGUUUGUUGUCCUGAUUAAACCUCAAACACUGGAAUCACA